AUGAUGGUGUCUGUCCGCGCUCUCGCCCUGAUUCUUUUGCCAGUGGCUGCUAGAGCUGCUUCCUCAGAGUCAUCAGACCAAUCGUCAUGUGUUAACCCGGCUGGCUACGAGAAGUGUAAUGCAGAUGCCGAUACCAGGUUCAAUACCUGUGUCAACGAGUAUUGUGGAGGAUCAAUUUGUGUUUCGAGCUGCAAAGGCGAUUCGAACUGCGUUUACAACAACUGCCCUAACGUUGGUAAGGACUGUCUCGAUGUCUGCGAGUGCAUCCGCAACACAGAACGUGUUGCUUGUGCAGCACAAGAUUGUUGGAAUCAGGUCUAUACUUGCGAGUAUGAUGAGCUUGUCGCCGCGAUGGUGGACAUGUGUGAUGUUUCCGGGGGUGUCGACACCAAUGUUAUUCCUUACUACCCUGCACCGGACUCGGCACCAGGCUCGUGCAGCUGCAACCAAGGCAAGCUGCUUUUGACGCUCAAUAGUAUCACCGCGCAAACGAACGCGUUAUAUGACAACAAGACGAACGUGGAUGAGGCGAUCCCGAAUUAUGCCGACCAGGCUACCUAUUGGGCGUAUCGAGAAAUCUGUCCAAAUACGCAGCCAGCAGUUCUUGGAGCGGACUUGAUGAGUUUCCCGGACGUGGCUCAGCAGUCGGAACUUGAGUGCUCGAACCUGAUGCCCAACACCGAUUGUGCAGGCGAUUUCGGAUUCGGCGCAGCAGUGGGGAAUGCCAUGUCUACCUAUUACGCCCUGGACAAGCUUCCGCCCAACGGAUCCGAGACAUUAUACAACAGGGAUGGUGCGCUAGCAUCGCCCACCCAAGCGACUAUUGUUUGGACGCCAGCCUCAGCACAACCACCCAUCACAAUUGUAGCCGCGCAGGCGAGCAAAGGUGCCGAAAAGGAAUCUACGACUGCAGGGACCGGCGCAACAGCAGCUAGCAAAACCAGCAACGGCGCGAACUCCGGCGCGAACUCCGGCGCUCAAGGUGCUACCCCGGCUGCUGUUUCUGCUUCGACUACGCCCAAUGCAGCAUCAAGAGCACAUUCAUCAUGGUUGGCGAUGGCAUUCUGCAUGGCCGCGACGAUUGCCUGCUUCUGA